AUGAUUCAUAUCUAUCUAUCUAUCUAUCUAUCUAUCUAUCUAUCUAUCUAUCUAUCACAGUCUGUUUCAUCUUCUAUCUAUCUAUCUAUCUAUCUAUCUAUCUAUCUAUCUAUCUAUCUAUCUAUCUAUCUAUCUAUCUAUCUAUCUCAGUCUUCUGUUCAUGAUCUAUCUAUCUAUCUAUCUAUCUAUCUAUCUAUCUAUCUAUCUAUCUAUCUAUCUAUCUAUCUAUCUCAGUCUGUUCAUGAUCUAUCUAUCUAUCUAUCUAUCUAUCUAUCUAUCUAUCUAUCUAUCUAUCUAUCUAUCUAUCUCAGUCUGUUCAUUAUCUACUGUCAUCUAAGACUGUUCUAUCUAAGACUGUUCGUAUCUAUCUAUCUAUCUAUCUAUCUAUCUCAGUAUGUUCAUAUCUAUCUCAGUCUGUUCAUAUCUAUCUAUCUAUCUAUCUAUCUAUCUAUCUAUCUAUCUAUCUAUCUAUCUAUCUUAGUAGAUAGCUACGCAUCAGUAAGCAGUGAUGUGCUUCAAUAUUUCUUAUGUGCAAUAUCUGAAUGCCGAUUUCUUCAUCCACGAACCUACAAGCGGAAAAAACAUAAAACAAAAGAAACAAAAUAUAACCAACCCUCAACUUUUCUUAUAAAUACAUAUUGUUGUUGUUGUUGUUGUUGUUGUUGUUCUUCUUCUUCUUCUUCUUCUUCUUCUUCUUCUUCUUCUAAGCACACACAUUAUUGGAAACAUUCUUCUUCACCAUUUCCUCCUUUUUGUCUCCCUCUCUUCUUGCUAUUGAGUAUUAUUCAAAGCAUUAUUCUUCAUUGCUUCCUUUUUUUCACCCCCUUUUCUUCUUCUUCUUCUUCUUCUUCUUCUUCUUCUUCUUUAUUCUUCUUCAUUUUCCUUUUGUUUCUCCUCUUCUUCUAUUGGUAUUAUUCAAAGCAUUAUUCUUCAUUCUUCCUCUUCUUUUUCUUUUUCUUCUUUUCUUCUUCUUCUUCUUCUUCUUCUUCUUCUAAGCACACACAUUAUUGGAAACAUUCUUCUUCACCAUUUCCUCCUUUUUGUCUCCCUCUUUUCUUGCUAUUGACACACACAUUAUUGGAAACAUUCUUCUUCAACAUUUCCUCCUUUUUGUCUCCCUCUCUUCUUGCUAUUGAGUAUUAUUCAAAGCAUUAUUCUUCAUUGCUUCCUCUUCUUUUCACCCCCUCUUUCUUCUUUCUUCUUCUUCUUCUUCUUCUUCUUCUUCUUCUUCUUCUUCUAAGCACACACAUUAUUGGAAACAUUCUUCUUCACCAUUUCCUCCUUUUGUCUCCCUCUUUUCUUGCUAUUGAGUAUUAUUCAAAGCAUUAUUCUUCAUUGCUUCCUCUUUUUCACCCCCUCUUUUCUUCUUCUUCUUCUUCUUCUUCUUCUUCUUCUCCUUCUUCUUCUUCUAAGCACACACAUUAUUGGAAACAUUAUUCUUCUUCACCAUUUCCUCCUUUUUGUCCCUCUCUUCUUGCUAUUGAUAUUAUUCAAAGCAUUAUUCUUCAUUGCUUCCUCUUCUUUUCAGCCCCCUUUCUUCUUUCUUUUCUUCUUCUUCUUCUUCUUCUUCUCCUUCUUCUUCUUCUAAGCACACAUUAUUGGAAACAUUCUUCUUCACCAUUUCCUCCUUUUUGUCUCCCUCUCUUCUUGCUAUUGAGUAUUAUUCAAAGCAUUAUUCUUCAUUGCUUCCUCUUCUUUUCACCCCCUCUUUCUUCUUCUUCUUCUUCUUCUUCUUCUUCUUCUAAGCACACACAUUAUUGGAAACAUUCUUCUUCACCAUUUCCUCCUUUUUCAUUAUUCUUCAUUGCUUCCUCUUCUUUUCACCCCUCUUUCUUAUUCUUCUUCUUCUUCUUCUUCAUUUUCUUCUUCUUCUUCCUAAGCACACACAUUAUUGAAACAUUCUUCUUCACCAUUUCCUCUUUUUGUCUCCCUCUCUUCUUGCUAUUGAGUAUUAUUCAAAGCAUUAUUCUUCAUUGCUUCCUCUUCUUUUCAUUCUUCUUCCCCUCUUUUCUUCUUCUUCUUCUUCUUCUUCUUCUUCUUCUUCUCUUUUCCUUCUUCUUCACACAUUAUUGGAAACAUUCUUCUUCAACAUUUCCUCCUUUUGUCUCCCUCUUCUUGCUAUUGAGUAUUAUUCAAAGCAUUAUUCUUCAUUGCUUCCUCUUCUUUUCACCCCCUCUUUCUUCUUCUUCUUCUCCUUCUUCUUCUUCUUCUUCUUCUUCUUCUAAGCUUAUUAUUCAAAGCAUUAUUCUUCAUUGCUUCCUCUUCUUUUCACCCCCUCUUUCUUCUUCUUCUUCUUCUUCUUCUUCUUCUUCUUCUUCUUCUAAGCACACACAUUAUUGGAAACAUUCUUCUUCAACAUUUCCUCCUUUUUCAUUAUUCUUCAUUUCCUCUUCUUUUUCCUCUUCUUUUCCCCCUCUUUCUUCUUCUUCUUCUUCUUCUUCUUCUUCUUCUUCUUCUUCUUCUUCUAGCAUUACACAUUAUUGGAAACAUUCUUCUUCAACAUUUCCUCCUUUUUGUCUCCCUCUCUUCUUGCUAUUGACACACACAUUAUUGGAAACAUUCUUCUUCACCAUUUCCUCCUUUUUGUCUCCCUCUCUUCUUGCUAUUGAGUAUUAUUCAAAGCAUUAUUCUUCAUUGCUUCCUCUUCUUUUCACCCCUCUUUCUUAUUCUUCUUCUUCUCCUUCUUCUUCUUCUUCUUCUAAGCACACACAUUAUUGGAAACUUCUUCAACAUUUCCUCCUUUUGUCUCCUCUUUUCUUGCUAUUGAGUAUUAUUCAAAGCAUUAUUCUUCAUUGCUUCCUCUUCUUUUCACCCCCUCUUUCUUCUUCUUCUUCUUCUUCUUCUUCUUCUUCUUCUUCUUCUUCUAAGCACACACAUUAUUGGAAACAUUCUUCUUCAACAUUUCCUCCUUUUUGUCUCCCUCUCUUCUUGCUAUUGAGUAUUAUUCAAAGCAUUAUUCUUCAUUGCUUCCUCUUCUUUUCACCCCUCUUUUUCUUCUUCUUCUUCUUUCUUCUUCUUCUUCUUCUUCUUCUUCUUCUUCACACACAUUAUUGGAAACAUUCUUCUUCAACAUUUCCUCCUUUUUGUCUCCCUCUCUUCUUGCUAUUGAGUAUUAUUCAAAGCAUUAUUCUUCAUUGCUUCCUCUUCUUUUCACCCCCUCUUUCUUCUUCUUCUUCUUCUUCUUCUUCUUCUUCUUCUUCUUCUUCUCUACACACAUUAUUGGAAACAUUCUUCUUCACCAUUUCCUCCUUUUGUCUCCCUCUCUUCUUGCUAUUGAGUAUUAUUCAAAGCAUUAUUCUUCAUUGCUUCCUCUUCUUUUCACCCCCUCUUUCUUCUUCUUCUUCUUCUCCUUCUUCUUCUUCUUCUUCUUCUUCUUCUAAGCACACACAUUAUUGGAAACAUUCUUCUUCUUCCAUUUCCUCCUUUUUCAUUAUUCUUCAUUGCUUCCUCUUCUUUUCACCCCCUCUUUCUUCUUCUUCUUCUUCUUCUUCUUCUUCUUCUUCUUCUUCUUCUAAGCACACACAUUAUUGGAAACAUUCUUCUUCACCAUUUCCUCCUUUUUCAUUAUUCUUCAUUGCUUCCUCUUCUUUUCACCCCCUCUUUCUUCUUCUUCUUCUUCUUCUUCUUCUUCUUCUUCUUCUUCUAAGCACACACAUUAUUGGAAACAUUCUUCUUUCUUCUUUCCUCCUUUUUGUCUCCCCUCUUCUUGCUAUUGAGUAUUAUUCAAAGCAUUAUUCUUCAUUGCUUCCUCUUCUUUUCACCCCCCUCUUUCUUCUUCUUCUUCUUCUUCCUUCUUUUCUUCUUCUUCUUCUUCUUCUAAGCACACACAUUAUUCUUCAAACAUUCUUCUUCACCAUUUCCUCUUUUUUGUCUCCCUCUCUUCUUGCUAUUAGUAUUAUUCAAAGCAUUAUUCUUCAUUGCUUCCUCUUCUUUUCACCCCCCCUUUCUUCUUCUUCUUCUUCUUCUUCUCCUUCUUCUUCUUCUUCUUCUUUUCUUUUUACAUUAUUGAAACAUUCUUCUUCACCAUUUCCUCCUUUUUGUCUCCCUCUCUUCUUGCUAUUGAGUAUUAUUCAAAGCAUUAUUCUUCAUUGCUUCCUCUUCUUUUCACCCCCUCUUUCUUCUUCUUCUUCUUCUUCUUCUUCUUCUUCUUCUUCUUCUUCUUCUUCUUCUUCUAAGCACACACAUUAUUGGAAACAUUCUUCUUCAACAUUUCCUCCUUUUUCAUUAUUCUUCAUUGCUUCCUCUUCUUUUCACCCCCUCUUUCUUCUUCUUCUUCUUCUCCUUCUUCUUCUUCUUCUUCUUCUUCUUCUUCUUUCUUCUUCUUCUUCUUCUUCUUCUUCUUCUAUUUUCCUUCACAUUCACAUUAUUCUUAGGCAUUCUUCUUUUCACCCAUUUCCUCUUUUCUUCUCCUUCUUCUUCUUGCUAUUAAGUAUUAUUCAAAGCAUUUUUUCUUCAUUCUUCUUCUCUUCUUUCACCCCCCUUUCUUCUUCUUCUUCUUCUUCUUCUUCUUCUUCUUCUCCUUCUUCUUCUUCUUCUUCUUCUUCUUCUUUACACAUUAUUGGAAACAUUCUUCUUCAACAUUUCCUCCUUUUUGUCUCCCUCUCUUCUUGCUAUUGUGGUAUUAUUCAAAGCAUUAUUCUUCAUUCUUCCUCUUCUUUCACCCCUCUUCACCCCUUUCUUUCUUUUUCUUCUUCUUCUUCUUCUUUCCUUCUUCUUCUUCUUCUUCUUCUUCUUCUUCUAAGCACACACAUUGGAAAACAUUCUUCUUCACCAUUUCCUCCUUUUUCAUUAUUCUUCAUUGCUUCCUCUUCUUUUCACCCCCUCUUUCUUCUUCUUCUUCUUCUCCUUCUUCUUCUUCUUCUUCUUCUUCUUCUUCUUCUUCUAGCACACACAUUAUUGGAAACAUUCUUCUUCAACAUUUCCUCCUUUUCAUUAUUCUUCAUUGCUUUCUUCUUUCCUUCUUCUUCUUCUUCUUCUUCUUCAUUAUUGGAAACAUUCUUCUUCUCUUUUUUCUUCUUCUUCUUCUUCUUUAAUUCUUCCUCUUCUUUUCACCCCCCUCUUUUCUUCUUCUUCUUUCUUCUCCUUCUUCUUCUUCUUCUUCUUCUUCUUCACAUUACCUUCUUCUUCUUCAACAUUUCCUCCUUUUUGUCUCCCUCUCUUCUUCUUCUUCAUUCUUCUUCAUUUUCUUCCUCUUCUUUCAGCAUUAUUCUUUCUUCUUCUUUCUUUCUUCUUCUUCUUCUUCUUCACACAUUAUUGGAAACAUUCCUCCAUUUUCCUUUUUGUCUCCCUCUCUUCUUGCUAUUGACACACACACAAUUUCCCCCUCCUUUUGUCUCCCCUCUCUCUUCUUGGAAACUUCUUCUUCUUCACAUUUCCUCCUUUUUGUCUCCCUCUCUUCUUGCUGAGUAUUAUUCAAAGCAUUAUUCUUCAUUGCUUCCUCUUCUUUUCACCCCCUCUUUCUUCUUCUUCCCCUUCUUCUUCUCUUCUUCUUCUUCUUCUUCUUCUUCUUCUUUCUUCUUCUUAUUCAAAACAUUCUUCUUCUUCUUCUUUUUCUUCUUCUUCUUCUUAUUAUUCAAAGCAUUAUUCUUCAUUGCUUCCUCUUCUUUUCUUCUUCUUCUUCUUCUUCUUCUUCUUCUUCUUCUUCUUCUUCUUCUUCUUCUUCUUCUUUCACACAUUAUUGAAACAUUCUUCUUCCAUUUCCUCCUUUUGUCUCCCUCUCUUCUUGCUAUUGAGUAUUAUUCAAAGCAUUAUUCUUCAUUGCUUCCUCUUCUUUUCACCUUCUUCUUCUUCCUACUUUACACAUUAUUGGAAACAUUCUUCUCUUUCUUCUUCUUCUUCUUCAUUCCUUCUUCUUCUUCUUCUUUUCACUUUUCUUCUUCUUCUUCUUCUCAUUCUUCUUCUUCUUCUUCUUCAUUCUUCUUCAACAUUUCCUCUUUUGUCUCCCCUCUUCUUGCUAUUGAGUAUUAUUCAAAGCAUUAUUCUUCAUUUUCCUCUUCUUUUCACCCCUCUUUCUUCUUCUUCUUCUCCUUCUUCUUCUUCUUCUUCUUCUCAAAGCACACAUUAUUGGAAACAUUCUUCUUCACCAUUUCCUCCUUUUUGUCUUUCUUCUUCUUCUUCUUUUCACCCCCUCUUUCUUCUUCUUCUUUCUUCUUCUUCUUCUUCUUCUUCUUCUUCUUUCUUCACACUCCUUUCUUCUUCUUCUUCUUCUCCUUCUUCUUCUUCUUCUUCUUCUAUUCCUUCUUAUUCUUCUUUAUUCUUUUCAUUCAUUCUUCUUUUCUCCAUUUCUUCUUCUUCUUCUUCUUUUUAGCAAACAUUCUUCCCUCCUUUCUUCUCUUUUCUGCUAUUGAGAAACAUUCUUCUUCUCCUUUUUUCUCCCCUUCUUCUUCUGAGUCUUCUUCAAAGCAUUAUUCUUCUUCUUCUUCUUCUCUUCUUCUUCUUCAAUCUUUCUUCUUCUUCAUUUCUUCAUUACUUUCUUCUCCCUCUCUUCUUUUCUUCUUCUUCUUCUUCACUUUUUUAUUGUGGUAUUAUUCAACAUUUCCAUUUUUCUUCAUUGCUUCCAUUCAAAGCAUUUUCUUCCCUUCUUUUUCUUCUUCUUCUUCUUCUUCUUCUUCUUCUUCUUCUUUCAUUAUUAGACUUCUUCAUUUCCUCCUUUUUCUUCUUCUUCUAAUUCAAGCACAUUAUUACCCCCAUUCUUCUUCAACAUUUCUCCUUUUCAUUAUUCUUCAUUGCUUCCUCUUCUUUUUCUUCUUUUCACCCCUCUUUCUUCUUCUUCUUCUUCUUCUUCUUCUUCUUCUUCUUCUUCUUCUUCAUUCUUCCUCUUCUUUUCACCCCCUCUUUUCUUCUCCUUCUUCUUCUUCUUCUUCUUCUUCUUCUUAUUCUUCUCUCCUUUUUCACCCCCUCUUCUUCUUCUUCUUCUUCUUCUUCUUCUUCUUCUUCUUCUUUCUUCUUUUAAGCAACACAUUAUUGGAAACAUUCUUCUUCACCAUUUCUCCUUUUUUUCUCCCUUUUUUCUUCUUCUUUAUUGAAACAUUCUUCAUAUUGCCUCUUUUCAUUGUUCUUCCCCUUUUCACCCCUCUUUCUUCUUCUUCUUUUCUUCUUCUUCUUUUCCUUCUUCUUCUUCUUCUUCUUCUGAAAGCAUUAUUUCUUCACCCUCUUUCUUCUUCUUCAUUAUUCAUUAUUCUUCUUCACCCCUCUUCCUUCUUUUCUUCUCCUUCUUCUUCUUUCUCUUUACAUUAUUAUUAUUCAUUAUUCUUCAUUCUUAUUCAAACACAUUAUUGGGCUUGUUCUUUCUUCUCUUUUUCAAGCAUUGUCUUCCCUUCCUCUUCUUCUUCUUUCUUCUUCUUCUUCUUCUUCUUCUUCUUCUUCUUCUUCUUCUAUUUUUUACAUUAUUGGAAUUCUUCUUCAACAUUUCCUCCUUUUUCACACAUUUUGGAAACAUUCUUCUUCAACAUUUCCUCCUUUUGUCUCCCUUCUUCUUCCUUCUUUUCUUCUUUCUCUCUUCCUUCUUCUUCUUCCUCUUUUUUUUUCUUCUUCUUCUUCUUCUUCUUCUUCUUCUUAACACAUUAUUGGAAACAUUCUUCUUCAACAUUUCCUCCUUUUUGUCUCCCUCUCUUCUUGCUAUUGAGUAUUAUUCAAAGCAUUAAGCUUCUUUUUACCCUUCUUCUUUUCUUCUUCUUCUUCUUUCUUCACCAUUUCCUCCUUUUGUCUCCUCUUUCUUUAUUGAGUAUUAUUCAAGCCAUUAUUCUUCUUCUUUUUCACCCCCUUUCUUUCUUCCUUCUUCUUCUUCUUCUUCUUCAAUAUUGCCUCCUUUUGUCUCCCUCUCUUCUUGCUAUUGACCUUUUAUUGGAAACAUUCUUCUUCAACAUUUCCUCCUUUUUUGUUUCCUCUCUUCUUGCUAUUGAGUAUUAUUCAAAACAUUAUUCUUCAAAGUAUCUUCUUUUUCUUUCUUCUUCUUCUUCUUUCUUCUUCUUCUUCUUCUUCUUCUUCUUUAUUGAAACAUUCUUCUUCAACAUUUCCUCCUUUUGUCUCCUUCUCUUCUUGCUAAGUAUUAUUCAAAGCAUUAUUCUUCAUUGCUUCCUCUUCUUUUCACCCCUCUUUUUCUUCUUCUUCUUCUUCUUCUUCUUCUCUUCAUUUCCUCCUUUUAUUGAUAUUAUUCAAAGCAUUAUUCUUCAUUGCUUCCUCUUCUUUUCACCCCCUCUUUCUUCUUCUUCUCUUCAUUCUUCUUCUUUCUUCUUCUUUCUUCUUUUAUUAUUCAAAGCAUUAUUCUUCAUUGCUUCCUCUUCUUUCACCCCUCUUUCUUCUUCUUCUUCUUCUUCUUCUUCUUCUUCUUCUUCUUCUUCUUCUAAGCACACAUUAUUGGAAACAUUCUUCUUCAACAUUUCCUCCUUUUUGUCUCCUCUCUUCUUGCUAUUGAGUAUUAUUCAAAGCAUUAUUCUUCAUUGCUUCUCUUCUUUUCACCCCUCUUUCUUCUUCCUUCUUCUUUCCUUCUUCUUCUUCUUCUUCUUCUUCUUCUUCCUCUUCUUCUUCAACAUUUCCAUUUCUUCUUCUAUUGGUAUUAUUCUUCUUCCUUCUUCUUCUUUUCUCUUCUUCUUCUUCUUCUUCUUCUUUCUUCUUCUUCUUCUUCUUCUUAAACACAUUAUUAUUAUUCAUUAUUCUUCUUCUUCAACAUUUCCUCCUUUUUCACACAUUAUUGAAAUUCAUUCUUCUUCACCAUUUCCUCCUUUUGUCUCCCUCUCUUCUUCUUCUAUUGAGUAUUAUUCAAAAGCAUUAUUCUUCAUUGCUUCCUCUUCUUUUUCACCCCCUUUCUUUCUUCUCUCUUCUUCUUCUUCUUCUUCUUCUUCUUCUUCUUCUAAGCACACAUUAUUGGAAACAUUCUUCUUCAUUCUUCUAUUGAGUAUUAUUCAAAGCAUUAUUCUUCAUUGCUUCCUCUUCUUUUCACCCCCUCUUUCUUCUUCUUCUUCUUCUCCUUUUCUUCUUCUUCUUCUUCUUCUUUGA